GUAACUCGGGUCAACAGAGGAAAGUGCACAGCUUCAGAAGUUAGAUGUGACUUACAGCAUUCUGACAAGAUGACACUUUUUAAACUUCCACUGCUGACAACAACUUUGAUUUUGUUCAGUUUAACAGCUGCUCAGUUUGACUCUGGGGAGGAAAUCAAUGAAACGCUAAUAUGCACCAAAGAUUUGAUGGAGGUGGAAAUUCCUAGUCAAUUCUUCCUCAGGAAAAAUCCUCCAGUCUUUAUCUGGGAUUUACACCUGAAUGAUCCAGAGUGCCGUGGUACUGAAGAUGGAAAUUCCUAUGUGUUUCGAAUUAAAACCAAUUUAUCUGAUUGUGGAACUAUAACGGUGUUGGAUGAUAGCCAUAUUAUGUUCAUCAACAGCAUACACAAUAAUAACUCAGAUGCCGUCACAAGAUCAUACGUCAACAUAACAUUUGUGUGUCGCUACCCCAUCAGCUACCUGGUUCAGCAGGCCAAUGGCGAGAACAUGAUCAGCGUUGAUAUCAGAACUAUUACACUAAAUACAGAAGAUGGAAAUUUUUCAGUGUCAAUGGUACUUUAUAAAGAUGAAAACUUUGUGGACAAAUGGACAACUGUUCCUUUUCUGAAACUUGAAGACAACAUUUUUGUUAAAGUUUACAUGGAGCCAGCUCAUUUAAUAAUUCGGCUUGAAAGGUGUUGGGCAACACCAGCAAAUAACCCUUAUCAUGCUAUUCAGUACGAUCUUAUCCUAGACAGCUGCUCAGAAUCACUGAAUGAUGGCACUUUAUCAGUUAUUCUGAAUGGACAAGGACCAGCAGCAAUGUUUAGGAUCCAGAUGUUCAAAUUUGUUGGUGACAGUUUCAGAGAUGUUUUCCUACACUGCAAUGUUCAGAUUUGCCAUGGUACAGCAGGACUUUGCCAGCCAAAUUGUACCAAUGCAACUGGACUGACCAGGAGAAGGAGAGAUAUUACAGCCACACAUAUAGUUUCUUAUGGCCCCAUUAGACGAAAACAAAUACAAAAUGGGGAAGCUAGUCAAACCUCAGGAAACCUUCCCCCUGUAGAAACACUUGUUCUUGCUGGGUUACUUGUAUUAGUUCUGAUCGUAACUGGAAUCUUUGGAAAGCUUUGGUUUCAGUCACAAAGGGAGUAUCCAGCAAUGCCAGCUCAGCUGACGCUAUCCAACAUUCGUCACCAUUCUGAAGUGGCUUCAUGAAUACCAUUACAUGCCAUCUGCUAUCUGGGGUUGUGAAUGUUACAUUGAACUAUAAACACAUUGAAUUAAUGUAAAUGUUCACUUGCAUAUAAUGUUUAUUUUUGUACACAUUUUUGUUAUUAAAUAUGCAAAUUAUC